AUGAUUCUAAUUAAAGUAUAUAUUUUUGUAUGGUUUUUUUUCGUCUCAAAAGCACAAACUAAUUUUAUGCCUAAUUUACCCUUGGGAAAAUUUCGGUUAAUAGUAAACGCAAUUCGCCAAUGUGAAAACACAAAAAAACUACCAAUUAAAAUAAAUUUAUAUUUGAAUAAAAAGUCAUCAACAAUCACAGAAUUCAAGGGCAAUUUCACAUUAGGAGUACCUUUUGACGAUUCAUUAAUAUUUGAUAGAAAUGCAGCAUCUAGGAGUUUAACUGGUGGCUGGAAACCAAAUUCUAUUAUUUAUGUAACCAAUAAUGCCUGUUCUAAAUCAAAAUUCAUCGCAGGAAAUGCUUGGUUUUCGUUUCUAAAAGCUUUUAAUUUUCCAUCUGGAAACUGUCCAAUACCAAUGGGAAAUUAUUCAUCAUCAGAAUAUGACACAGUACUUAUUGAAGACAAUAACUUUCCCAAAGUGUACUUUUAUGGAAAAUAUAAAUUUGUAGGCAAGGAAAAAAACCAAAGAAAAUAA